AUGGAAGAAGAUGAUGAUGCUGCUGAUGAUCACCACCCCACCUGUUCCUCCUCUUCCUUUUUGCCUGCUGCUGGAGAUGGGGGAGGCGAAGUUGCUGCUGUGGUCCCGGUUGGCUGGACCAGCCAACAGUGGAGUGAGUGGAUCACACGCCUCCCAUGGCUGUUCUCCAAGGAUGGAUGUAUAGGCUGUAGUCUUUGCAGGGAUGCUAAACGCCUUCUCCUUACUGAUAAAACUGGAGCGCACUUAUCAGAACAAUGGAUUAACGGGGACGUAACCAGUAAAACAAAGAACAACUUGCGUAAGAAAAUCUACAAGCAUCGGGAUACUGUGGCGCACAACAGGGCAGUUGAACUGGCAGAAACAAGAAAACAAGCAAUACUGCCGAACAAGAUUCUCGCAAUCAACGCAAAGUUGUUAGAGGAAACGUCCAAUGCUUUCAGAUCCGCGUAUAUGGUAGCAAAGGAAAGGAUGGCAUUUAGAAAACUCCCACCUGUCAUGCAGCUCCAAGAGAUGAAUGGCGCAAAGGUAGGCCCUGUACACAGAUCAGACAAAUCCUGUGCUGAAAUUAUUGGCCACAUUGCACACGAAAUGCGGAAAAGGUUUGUUUCUAAUGUCAAAAAGGCCCAGUCAAAAAUAAGCAUCACUAUUGAUGAGAGCACAGUGCACGGACGUGCAUAUAUGAUUAUAUAUGUGAGAUGUGACGUGACAGGAAAGGGAGAUGUGGAUAAUGUCUUUUUAGACAUCAAGGAGUUAGCGCAGGGCACAGACGCCGAGUCCAUCUACAACAGCCUGAGAGAGACUCUACGUGGUGCAAGUUUUGAUGAUGAGUUUUUGAUUAACAAUCUAAUCAGUAUAGCCACUGACGGCGCUUCUGUCCUCACUGGCAAACGCAGUGGGGUCAUCACUCGCCUAAAACAGGACUUCCCAAAAAUUCAAUCAAUACACUGCCUUUGCCACCGAUUAGAGCUGGCCGUUCAUGACUCUCUAAAACUUGUUGCUGGAUGUAACCAUUUCGAGAUUUUUGUUUCAAAGUUGUACACUUUGUACAACCAGUCAGCAAAGAAUGUCAGACUCCUCGAGGAGGCAGCAGAGGAGUUGAACGUGCAGCUUUUAAAAAUCGGGCAGAUUUUUACUAUAAGGUGGGUGUCAAGCAGUUUUAGAACUGUGAAAGCAGUCUGGAACAACUACCCUGCUUUAGCAAGACACUUUAAAGUCGCAAGUGAGGAUCCAUCUCGUAAUGACACUGAGAGGAAGAAAUUCCUCGGGCUCCAUAAACAACUAUCAAGCGCUGGAUUUGUAGCUGAUCUGGCUUGCAUGAAAGACAUGCUUCGUGAGCUGCAGGCCUUGUCUCUACGGUUGCAGCAAAGGGACAUGGAUAUAGUGAGCGCUAAUUGUCAGAUCCAGAUGUGCAUCGAUGUACUUUCCGCUAUGAAAGAGUGUGGAGGCAAAUCUGCACAGAAGGCCGAGGAACGCAUAACAGAAGGACUGUUUAAAGGUUUGGAGCUAAUUGAGAGCAGCGGUAAGAUUAAAAGGGGUCAGUUCUAUCAGUCUGUGAUCGACAAUCUUAAAAAGCGAAUGCCAGAGUCAGAUCUCGUUAGUAUGCUCAAACCCCUCGACAAGCGCUUUUGGCCAAAGGACCGCAACGCACUUGUACUCUAUGGAGAAAAAGAAAUACGGGCUCUUGCGAAAACACUCGGUGAAUCUGCCAGUGAAGCAGUGCAGGAGCUUCGCGACUGGAAGUUGCAAGAUGGUGUUGCACCAGGCAAAACGCUGGAGAAGCUGUCCAUAGCAAGCAGAACAUACCUGCCCACUUCAUCGGAGUGCGAGAGAGGCUUUUCAGCUGUGAAUGACACUGACUCUAAGACUCGCAAUAGACUGUGUGAAGCCAGCAUCUCAUCAGUACUUUUUGUGGACCUUAAUGGACCUCCAUUGGAGAGAUUCGAUCCAAUGCCAUUCGUCACAUCUUGGCUUAAAUCAGGUCAUCGCCUGUCCACAUCAUGGGUUACUGGACCUCGAGCAAAAGCAGCUGAACCCAGGGCGCUGUGGUCGCUUCUGUAUUAG